AUGGUUGAAUUGAUUUUAGCUGCUCGACAAAUAGCAUUAGAUAUUGAGCAAGAAGCCGAACAGUAUGGAAACGUUGAAGAAGUACAGUUAUUACAGCAACAGAUUGAUGAUUUGGAAGCAAGAGCCGCCGAAUUGGAACGACGUCGUUCACAAAGUAUCCGUGGUAUUAGUUGGAUAAAUCAACGUAACAGACAGGCCAUCAAAGAAGCUAUUCUCAGUGGUCAAAUACAUGUUGAAACUUCCAGUCAAGAUGAUCCGUUCACUCGGAAGAACGCGCGAAUGAAGCCUGUCCCUGGAAGAGAUAAAAUGACUCAACAUUUGAAUGAGAAGAGAGAUACAAACUACCGCAGUAAUGAUGGGCCAAGCUCGCAGUCAUUGGUUAUUGAGCUAAGUGAUCAAAAACAGCCAUCACCGCAGAAAGGAACUAUCAAUGCAGGCCCAAGUGGACCUGUUUCGGAUCUCUUCAAUGCUCAUAAUUUCGAUGUUGAUAUUGACAUUGCCAUACCGGCGGCGAUGGCGCUGUCUUCCAGUGCUCCGUCACUCUCUUCAAUGGAUGUUAAUUCAAGGCACCCUGGUCUUGGCAGUAAUCGAUCAACAAUAAGCAAAGGAUCGUCUAGACCUUUAAGUCUCGAAGAUUACAAGCGUCGUAAGAAUCUUUUGUGA